AUGCACAACUACUACGUAUCCAUAACCAUCAAAGCUGAAACCUUAAAGAGACGUGGGCGGAGCUGCUCGUCUUGGGGAGCGACCCUUUCUCUGGAUUCUGAUCUCGCGCCUAAAACGAGGGCGGCCUGCGGUGCGUCCCCCGCGCCGGCGGCGCCGGAAGGCGAAGCUGUGAGUCUCGGCGUUCGCCACCAGGCGGUGCUGUUGGCCUGCGGUGGGCGCCCCCGCGCCCGCCACGCGCUCCGUGACGCCGCACUCGCCCAAGGGGCGGCGGCUGGCCACGGCGGGACGGACGGGGCGCGACGCCACGCAGCAGGGAUCACUCGUGCCGGGGAUGGGGCAGAGGGCGCGCGGCGCCCGCGCCGCCCGGUCCCUGCGCUGCGUGGACGGUCCCCGCGGGACGGAGCGCCGUCUUGCCCGCGCCGUGAGAGCGGCACGGAUUCCCGACAUGACCCGGAAAAUCAUCAGGUAAACUGGAGACUGCAGAAGCAAAUAGAGGAAUGGAGGAUUGGGAUGACCUGGUUUAUCCCUCUGGCGCAAUUCAUCUUUUACCAGGGGAGAGAAAUGCCAAGAUACUUUCGUUUCCUGGUUUGCUGCAGCGAACACAUGCCUGGCAACCACUCGAGAAGAGAUUUUUGGAUGGAUGAAUGAGUGAAGAAAGCAGAUGUGAGAGAGAAAGAAUAAGUGAAUGAAUGAGGCAUCUCUAAUAAUGGGGUUAUUAGAGUGGCAGUGUUGCAGAUGAGGACAGAUUUUGUGAAAUCAUACAAUGAUGCAUUGGGCUGCCCCCACUACCCAUGCAGAUGAAAAUAAUCCUUUGAUACUGUCUGAACAAUUGGAGUCAAGGUUGUACAUCUGCAAUCACAGGCUUAGCCUUUUUUAUUUUUUAUUUUUUUGAUAUUGUGUAUAUUCAAGUAUAGACUUCAUGUUCUGUUUUAUUUGCCUUGAAGGUUAAACUUUUGCUUUUUUUUUUUUUUUUUUAUAAAGAUGUCUUAAAAAUCCCAUCUUGAAGCUUUAAAGAUUUUCCUCCCAGCAGCUAGAUAUAGAUAUAUAAAAUCCACCCACCUUACAAAUGAAAAUGAUUGAUACACAUCAGAAAAGUUAUCUGCAUCAGAUAAUAAAACCCAGCUUAAGUCUCUCUUCAAAAAGCUCACUCCAGGAAUUUAACAGAAAAGGUGGGUUCUGUACAGACUCAGUGAUAAGGUGUUGAGGAAGGUGGAGAGUUGGUCAUGGUAAGGGAAAAUCACACAUAUCCAUGUUCUAGGCACUUUAUAUGGGAUGCAUUCUUUAAUCCUCCCCACUCUGCAAGCCAAUGAGCAUCAACCCUGAUUUCACAGGGAGAUAGUUUGAGACUCUCAAAUGUUAAACAAUUUGUGCAAAGUCAUGUGUGCCGGUUAGUGGUGCUGGCCUGUGAAAAGUCUGAACAUGCAGCCUCCCCAGGGAUGAUUCCACCACUGUGGAACUCCAUGAAAAGGGACAUUGGUAGGAUUGUCGCUAAAUGCAGUAUGGAGAUUUCUCAAAGAACUUAAAGUAGAUCUACCAUUUGAUCCAGCCAUCCCACUACUAGGUAUCUACCCAAAGGAAUAGAGGUUGUUAUAUAAAAAAGAUACCUGCACCCACAUGUUCGCCGUAGCACAAUUCACACUGUGAAGAUGUGGAACUGACCUAAAUGCCCAUCAACUGAUCAGUGGAUAAUGAGAAUGUGGUAUAUCUGCACCACGGAAUACUAUCCAGCUGUUAAAAAGAAUGAAAUAACAAUUUUUGCAACCAGUUGGAUGGAACUGGAGAACAUCAUCCUAAGUGAACUGACCCAGGAACAGAAAACCUAACCAAAAAUGUUGUUAGGAUUAAAUGAAUUAAUACACAUGAAGUAUGUAGAACAGCAUUUGGCAUACAGUAAGUGCUCAAUAACAUGUUAACUCUUUGCUUCAUUUUAGAGUCUUAAAGGAGAUGGGAGACCUCCCCAAUUGUCAUUUAUUUUUAUUUUUAUUUUUAUUUUAUUU